GCCCCGAUGGUUGUUUGUUUUAUGUGUGGAGCGAUCCAUCGCACAGCGCCGGGCUCGAUUGACACUGUCUGCUGAUCUGCUACUGCGGAUUGCUCAGAAUAACAAGGCUGCUCGCUAAUUCCCGUCUAUCGGGGCAUUCGCCGAAGCACCGAGAGAGUAGGGUCCAAAAAACCCCCAACAAGGCAGGCAAGACCGCCGCGCUGCCGGAGUCUGCACCCCACUAUGGCUUCAGGAGACCUUUACGAGGUGGAGCGGAUUGUGGACAAAAGGCGGAACAAGAAGGGUAAGUGGGAGUACCUGAUCAGGUGGAAAGGUUAUGGAAGCAAAGAGGACACAUGGGAGCCAGAGCACCACCUUCUGCACUGCGAAGAGUUUAUCGACCAGUUCAACAGCUUGAGACUGCACUCGCACAAAAGACCCAAAGUUCCCAAAAACCGUCAAGAGUCCACCUUCACAGGCCACCAACCUGCCACAGAGAACUCCAGAGCUCGGUCUGAAGCUCGAAAGAAGAAAAGGACUUUUGGCCCUGCUGUUGGGGUCAGAGUUGGAGCUGUUUUAGGGAUUGGUGGUGGAGGGUCAGGACACAGUCAGAAGCAGAAGAAGGUGGGUGUACCACCUGGGAAACAUGCUUUAGGGGACAGACUAAGCAAAGCCAUGACGUACAAGGGUCCUCUUCAGGGAGGGCCUCACCUUGUCCCUCCACUGAGGGUUUCUCAUAAUGGUCUCCAGAAUGGAGAGAUGGAGCCUUUAAUGUACAGACCAGCAGCAAGGCCACAUCGACCGUCUAUGGACAGAGUGGAUGGAGAGCUAGGAGACAUGGAUAACACUGGACAGCAGUACACCACUGAGCUAGGCUCCCCUCUGCCCAAUGGAAACAUGCAUCUACACAGCUCAGUGAAGAGGAAGUUGGGCGAGGAGAAAGGUUAUGUGUUCGACAAGCGGCUCAGGUACAAUGUGCGACAGAACGAGAGCAACUGUCGAUUCCGAGACAUCGUGGUCAGGAAGGAGGAAGGCUUCACGCACGUCCUGCUCUCAAGCCAAACGACGGACAACAACGCUCUGACACCAGAGAUCAUGAAGGAAGUGUGUCGAGCUCUUGGUAAUGCAGCUGCUGAUGACAGCAAAUUAUUGUUGCUGAGCUCCGUGGGGACUGUGUUCUGCAGUGGCUUAGAGCCGUCGUACCUGAUCGGGCGUCUGUCCACUGACCGCAGGAAAGAGAGCGGCCGCAUCGCAGAUGCUGUUCGGGAUUUUGUGUUGGCAUUCAUCCACUUCAAGAAACCCAUUGUGGUGGCCAUAAACGGGCCUGCUCUGGGCUUAGGGGCCUCCAUCCUGCCACUGUGUGACGUAGUGUGGGCCAGUGAGAGAGCCUGGUUUCAGACUCCAUGUGCAGCCCUCCACCUCACCCCCUCUGGAUGCUCCUCUUACACCUUCCCCCAGAUCCUGGGUGUAGCUUUGGCCAAUGAGAUGCUGUUUUGUGGGAGAAAACUCACAGCACAGGAAGCAUGCAGUCGAGGCCUAGUGUCACAGGUCUUCUGGCCAACUACAUUUAACCAAGAAGUGAUGUUGCGUGUGAAGGAAAUGGCAUCGUGCAACGCAGUGGUUUUGGAAGAAUCCAAAUGCCUGGUGAGAAGUAUCAUCAUGUCAGUCCUGGAAGAAGUCAAUGAGAAAGAGUGUCAGAUGUUGAAGCAGCUGUGGUGCUCAACCAAAGGACUAGAGGCACUCUUCAGCUACCUGCAUAACAAGACGUAUGAGAAGUAAUCAUCCUUCCCAGAGAAUGAGGGUCAAAGGUUACUCACAGGAGGACGUCCAGGAUGAAUGUGUUGUGAUCUUCAACUGAAGGAAAAAGUUGCAUUCACAGUUUUUGUUUCCGACCAUCAGCUGAGGGGAUUCUCUGGAGUUCUGUUCGCUUACACUUCUACCAACAAAUUCUUCAUGAUCUUAUUCUUUAAAGUUUUUGUUGGACCCGUUACUGUCCAAUCGUGCAUUCUCUAGGGGACAAAGAGCAAAGGGCCAAAUGUGCAUUGCAUAAAUGAUCACUGAAAGAGGUUAUUCAGGGAGGUACAGAGUGCUGCUGUUCAUAUGAGAUACUAAUGUGUUAGUGAAAUCAUCAGGAUGUAGAAUAUCAUUGUAUGUCUAGUUGCACA